AGGAUAGCAGUUCCCGGCUUCCACCUGCAACGAGCGGAAAACGCCCUCCAUCUCUUUCCAACAAAGAUGUAGAGACAAGGAAAGCGGUAAAACAUUGAGCAAAUGCUCAAUUCCAGAGUACCGAGACAUUCACAUGUGCAGUUGGUGGUGGAAUGAGAAGGCACAGUGCCGGUCCACACCGCGACUCGGCUGGGCGAAACCUCGGCGGUUUUCACGCGUUUGCGAAAUAAGUUGUGCAAGUCGAUAUGCUGACCAACGCAUUGAUCCUGUUAGCGCUGCAGUUUAUUGCAGCGGAAAUACCUCCUUACAUAAAAGUUUGUCAACGAAACGAUCCAAAUGUAGACAAAUGCAUCAUCAACUCAGUGGAGGAGCUUCGGCCGAAAAUGAAAAAUGGUAUCCCCGAGCUAGAUGUGCCGAGCAUUGAACCACUGAGCCUCGGCCAGAUUGCCCUAGCGCGCGGUCCACAAGGCGCGAAGCUCACUGCAGUCGUGAAUGAUGUUAAAGUGCUGGGACCCAGUAACUUUAUCAUUCAAGAAUUAAAGUCAGACCUGGACAAGAACCGGUUUGACUUCAAGUUGCUGCUGCCACGGCUUGACUUCGCUGGGAAGUACAAGAUGGACAUACAAGUGUUGCUGUUGCGGCUCCAGGGGCGUGGAAACAUCACGGGAUCCUUCAAGGACUACGCAUGCAAUGUUACAAUGCGCGGCCACAAAGAGAAGAGAGGAGAUGAAGAGUAUCUUACCUUUGAGCCGAUGAAGGUUAAACUCCGCGUAGGAGAAUCCUCCAUAUAUCUCACUAACCUCUUCGACGGCGAUCCAGUACUGGGACCAGCGACAAACAGGGUCAUCAAUGAGAACUCCCAAGUUUUCCUUCAGGAGAUCAGUCCAGUCUUGGAAAGAAGUCUCGCGGAUCUCUUUACGGAGAUGGCAAAUAAAAUAACGUCGAAGUUUACAUAUAAAGAGCUGUUCCCUUGAUAAAUAGAGCGCGCUCGAAACCUAGGCCCACACUAGAAACCUUUUAAUAUAUUUUUUAUAAGAUAUUAUAUUUCAGAUUAAAAGUUAGGUAUGUGAUUCGACGUAAAUAAGACGGAUUUUUUGUAAAUCUUAAAUAUAAAUACUAUUGAAUAGGCUGUAUGGUCACUGAUCUUUGCCUGUCCUUAAGGAAACAAAUAAAAAAACCGCAACUUCGUUCACUUAUAACUGAAACCAGAAGAUAGCAAACAAAACGAGCAUUUUAAAGUUGAAGUUACAUGUUUGAACAAUAUAGUUUUAUUGCAAAAGAAAAUUAUAAUCACAAAUAAGCGUCGUCCAUAAAGUCAUGAUUUCAAACAUAGAGCUAUAGAAUAUAUGUGUUAUAUAAAUCUCUACCUCUUUUUAAUGGAGUAUUUAAAGAUAUUUUGUUAUUAUUGUGAUUAAGCUAACUACUGUGGGGCUAGGUUAAUAGUGUUAUAUAUUAGUGUUAGGGGUGUAGUGAUACGUGAUGUGAUAUUUAAAAGUAAUGAGCUCGAUUAGGUUUCGCUGUUUAUUUCACAGAUCUUGUGUGCCUUGUACUUUGGUAGAGUUUAGUUUUAAAUCUGUCAAAUAAGGCCGCUUUACAAAACGCAGUCUAAAACGACAUUUAUUUAGGAAUAAAAUUGUACUAAAUCGUAAGAGAAAAUAUGUUAUGUAAUAAGGUUCUUUUCACAUCAUCGAGGAAUUAGAAACAAACAAUUCCUUAGAUAUACCAUACCCAUAGUCAUUCGUCAAAAUUAAAUUGAAGUAUAUGAGUAAACAAAACUGCGAUAAUUCGCCGGAAUAUUCGUUAGCCUAGCUCCCCUUACAUCGAGAUUUUAGUCAUCCGCGUGCUCGUUCGCGUAAUUCAGAACUAAACAAAGUCUGAGGUUUAGAAACUCUUACGGCAUACUCCGAAGAAGUUUUUUGUUUAUACAACGUGUUACCGAAUUACAAAAUAAAUUUGAAGAUUGUAUAAGUAUAUUUCAUAAAGAACCCUGUAAAAAUAUUAAAUCAAUAGAAGCAUAUUUAUUUUUCUAUGCUCGCGAAUUUAAACCAUUUUUUUAUUAAGUGUUUUUUUUUAUGACAACCCUAUUGAAGAUAAAAGACCUAUGAGCGCAUAAUACCUACGCUACUACAUAAUACCUGUUAAAGUGACAGCAGUCACAUGAUUUUAAUUUAACAUGUGUUGUUAGGGCUGUAUUUGAUUCAGUAAAAACUAUAGCAGCGGUUUAGUAAAAAAACUAUUAGGUUUACAGUUUCACAGAUAAGUCUCAGAGACAGAAAAUAAUGUAACUCUACAGCCUGUGAAGAAUCAUUUUGUUUGCACGUUGUUUAUUCAUUAAUACCUUAUAAUUAAUAUGUGCGGUUCUCACAUAUGCAUUUUCGGCAGAUAAAAGCAGAUAAAAGAGUGACCGAAAUUUUAUAUUUCAAGUACAUACAUGAAAAUAGGUAUUACUUUAAUUUAACACUGCUAUUUCUGUGUGGUGAUUUUUCUCAGUAAAACACAUGUACAUAUACUAUGUUUAACAUGUACUAUUUUUGUAUACCACUUGAAUAAUUAGGUCACGUCCAGAAUAACAUAUUUCUGUCAAUAUUGAUUUUUGUGUCAUCUGUUACUUUUUACGACACACAAACAUAAAAUAUAUUAGUCUGGACGUGAACUUUUGCUUUUGAUUAUGAAAAUGCGCUAUAAGAUACCUAUUAAAAUUGUGUUUAUAUUUUUUUGACUUCUUAACUAAUUAUAGAACAGUUUUUAUUACCAUUGAUAUACAAAACAAUAUGUUACUCACGUAAGAAGUUCUACCAACUUCUUCUUUGGCGUUUAUCACGAAUUUUUUUUUUCAAACAUUAACUGAGUCCCCGCACACAAUUGCAAUUUUUAAACAGAACAACCUUGAAGUGCCAGUCUACUCAAACAUAGCAAAUCUAUGCUUAUACGUUUCGACUCUGGUGAAAAUAAUACAUCUCAGAGUUAUUUAUAUAGAGAAUAGGUGUAUUUCCUGAAACCUUUGAAGUAACACGUUGCGGGAAUAUAAAUCGUAGGUAAAUGAUAUAAAGUCUUAAUUUGUAUAAAAAAUUGUGAUUUGAUAACAUCAUUCGCACACUAAUGAUUUGAGUGGAAAAAUCUACUAAAAAGUUAUUUUAAGUAAGGUUUUCGGUAAGUAUCUAAGCUAAUGAAUGAGAAAAAUGUAAGAUAGUGGUAUUAUAUUUCUAUGAGUGAGUAUAUAUAUCUGGCUUUUUAUGUCAAUGGUUCCUUAAUAUAAUAUUAUAAUAUAAGACUCAAAAAGGUUAGAAGAGAGGGCCUAUAUAGCCCAUUAUAUAAAAAAAAAAUAUAUUAUGGAUACUCCAUUAUAUCCAUUUGGUAUUUUAUGAUAUUUGCUCUCUUGGAUGUUUUUGUUUGCGUGAUUUGUCUGAAUUGGCUUAAAACUUCUGUUAUUAUUAAGCUGUAGAUUUAAGUUAUGUUUAUAAUAAACUUUUUAAAAUAUUUU